AUGUCAGCUCCUAGUUACACAUUGUCUGUCAUCGGCAAUCUCCUCCCUCAAGGAGUUCGUUGGGCGCAGGAAAAGCCACGGAUUUCAAAAGAGUCGGCCCUCCAAGCAGGAGAUGUCUCAUCACUGGUUUUACCAUCUACGUUGCAUCCUAACGGAACCAACCCUUUGCCAGCGUAUCUUCAUCCUGAAGUGUCAGUUUCUUUGCCCGACCCACCUCCCAAUCCUGCAGGAGGCAUUGGAAGUGAUAACAGUGGAGCAGGGAUCAUUGAUGAAGGAGAAGAGUUGAGUUUAGCACAGCACUGGCCAAGGCGUCAGAACCAACAGCUGCCCCUGAGAUUCAGGGAUGUGCUUCCCCAGCCCCCACUGACUGCUCCCCUGGAACUUGAUGAUGAACUUCCGCAAUAUGUAGGACAUGUUGUCAAUGCAGCAGCCCAGCCAGCCUUACCUUGCACCAAUAUUUCUCCGCAAGACCUCCAUCUCAUGAUCCAGAAGAAUAUGUGA